ACCCACCCCCCCUCAAGAAUAAAAGAAGAACCGGGAGGCGUGCUCAGAAAAUAAAUAAAUAACCCCCACACGCGCGCAGCCCGGAGCGAGUCGGCGGGGCUGGCGGCGGCGGCGGCGGAGGAGGAGUGAAGGCGGCGGCGGCGGCGAAGGAGGAGGAGGAGGAGGAGGAGGGACGCGCGGAGAAGGCAGUAACUUUAAAGCCAGCUCAGAGCCCAGACCUCCAGCCGAGCGGUUUGCAGCGCGGCGGCGGCGGCGGCGCUGAGUGUCUGGCCCGCCGGUCCGGUCGGGGUGUGCAGUCGGACGGACGAGCAGCGUGUCGCUGUCCCCCCCCUCCCCGGCGGCUGGAGAUGUCCGAGCCCAAGGCGAUUGAUCCCAAGUUGUCGACGACCGACAGGGUGGUGAAAGCUGUCCCAUUUCCUCCAAGUCACCGGCUCACAGCAAAGGAAGUGUUUGAUAAUGAUGGGAAACCUCGUGUGGAUAUCUUAAAAGCACAUCUCAUGAAGGAGGGCAGACUGGAAGAGAGUGUUGCGUUGAGAAUAAUAACAGAAGGCGCUUCAAUUCUUCGACAGGAAAAAAACUUGCUGGAUAUUGAUGCGCCGGUCACAGUUUGUGGGGACAUCCAUGGACAAUUCUUUGACUUGAUGAAGCUCUUUGAAGUGGGGGGAUCACCUGCCAACACUCGCUACCUCUUCUUAGGGGACUAUGUUGACAGAGGGUACUUCAGUAUCGAAUGUGUGCUGUAUUUGUGGGCUUUGAAAAUUCUUUACCCAAAAACACUGUUUUUACUUCGUGGAAAUCAUGAAUGUAGACAUCUAACAGAGUAUUUCACAUUUAAACAAGAAUGUAAAAUAAAGUAUUCAGAACGUGUCUAUGAUGCCUGUAUGGAUGCCUUUGACUGCCUUCCCCUGGCUGCCCUGAUGAACCAACAGUUUCUGUGUGUACAUGGUGGCUUGUCUCCAGAGAUUAACACCUUAGAUGAUAUCAGAAAAUUAGACCGAUUCAAAGAACCACCUGCUUAUGGACCGAUGUGUGACAUCCUGUGGUCAGACCCCCUGGAGGAUUUUGGAAACGAGAAGACUCAGGAACACUUCACUCACAACACAGUCCGAGGGUGUUCGUACUUCUACAGUUACCCGGCUGUAUGUGAAUUCUUGCAGCACAAUAACUUGUUAUCCAUACUCCGAGCCCAUGAAGCCCAAGAUGCAGGGUAUCGCAUGUACAGGAAAAGCCAAACAACAGGCUUCCCUUCUCUAAUCACAAUUUUUUCAGCACCAAAUUACUUAGAUGUAUACAAUAACAAAGCUGCAGUAUUGAAGUAUGAGAACAAUGUUAUGAAUAUCAGGCAAUUCAACUGUUCGCCACAUCCAUACUGGCUUCCAAAUUUCAUGGAUGUUUUCACUUGGUCCCUGCCAUUUGUUGGAGAAAAAGUCACUGAGAUGCUGGUAAACGUCCUCAACAUCUGCUCAGAUGAUGAACUAGGGUCAGAGGAAGAUGGAUUUGAUGGAGCCACAGCUGCAGCCCGCAAGGAGGUAAUAAGGAACAAGAUCCGCGCCAUAGGCAAAAUGGCCCGAGUGUUCUCCGUCCUCAGAGAAGAGAGUGAGAGUGUGCUGACACUGAAAGGCCUGACGCCCACCGGCAUGCUCCCCAGUGGAGUGCUCUCUGGAGGGAAGCAGACCCUGCAAAGCGCCAUCAAAGGAUUUUCACCACAACAUAAGAUCACUAGCUUCGAAGAGGCCAAGGGCUUAGACCGAAUUAACGAGAGGAUGCCGCCUCGCAGGGAUGCCAUGCCCUCCGACGCCAACCUUAACUCCAUCAACAAGGCUCUCGCCUCAGAGACUAACGGCACGGACAGCAAUGGCAGUAACAACAGCAAUAUCCAGUGACCACUUCCUGUUCACUUUUCUUUUCUCUUCUUUUCUUUUUUUUUUUUUUCUUUUGAGCUGCAGGGCGUGAUGGGAUUGCUGCGUGUCUGCAGUUGGAUGUUCUUGCCUCUGAUGAUAGCUUAUUUGCUCUGGGGGCCAGGAAUUGGAUUCAGUUUACACUAUCAUUAAAAAAAAAAAAAAGAGGGAGAGAGAUAAUAAACUAUAUUUUGGUGAGGGUGGAGAUUAAACACCUCUUUUGGGUAUGCCUUUUAAAAAUGCUUAUAGGGAAAAAA